AUGACAGAACAGUCGAUCAACAUACCCCAAGUCCUCGUCUUCUUGGUCGUCACCUUUCUUGUUGGACGAUGGUACCUCAGCAAGCCAUCCGGACCAGGCACGCGAGCUGCGCCAUCUCGAGCGACCCCGCGCAUAAACUCUGAGCAAAUAGACCAGCUAGCCCAGAUGUUUCCGCAGUUGAGUAGACGUGAUAUUGCGUGGGACUUGCAAAGAAACGGUGGGAAUGUGACCGCCACGACCGAGCGGGUCCUCAGUGGCAGGGGCUUAGACACGGCACCAGCUUCAUUCACCGUCCCUGCCCCUCGUGUCGCUGCUACAGCGGCAAGAGCUACCCCUGCGGUCCAGAAGACUGCUCAUCCAGAUCUCAUCACUCGAUACAACUUGACCUCGAAGAUCAACCAAGCUGCAGAGCCGGAUGAAGGGGAACAGCGCAAAACCAAGUCCUGGAGCGCAGAUCGCAAUGAGAGGCAGGCCAACCUACAGAGAAGAAGAGAGGAGAUGAUCUUGGCGGCAAGGAGGAAGCUGGAACAGCAAGAGAAAGGAAAGGCAAAGGCUGAUGCGUAG